GCUGUGCUUCUCUUACGCAAAGGCGCUCCCGCGCCUUUGCGUAAGAGAAGCACAGCAGAGGCGCUCCAUUCUCCAUUCAGGCAGCGUCCAGGCCAGGCUUUGGGCUGCCUUCCUUCCUUCUUGCCUUCCUUCGUCCUUCCGGGAAGCCACGUGGGGAGGCGAGGAUGGGCUGGGUGCCGGAGCGCGGGCGCCUGGCGGCGGGCCUGCUGGCCAACCUGGCCUCGUCCAUCUGCAUCGUCUUCCUGAACAAGUGGCUGUACGUGCGGACGGGCUUCCCGAACCUGAGCCUGACGCUGGUGCACUUCGCGGCGACGUGGCUGGGCCUGCGCGGCUGCCAGGCGCUGGGCCUCUUCGCGCCCAAGAGCCUCCGGCCCGGCCAGGUCCUCCCGCUCGCCCUCAGCUUCUGCGGCUUCGUGGUCUUCACCAACCUCUCGCUCCAGAACAACACCGUCGGCACCUACCAGCUGGCCAAGGCCAUGACCACGCCGGCCAUCGUCCUCAUCCAGAGCCUGGCCUACGGAAAGACCUUCCCCGCCAGGAUCAAGCUCACCCUGAUUCCAAUCACUUUGGGUGUCUUUCUAAAUUCCUAUUACGAUGUGAAAUUUAACCUGCUCGGAAUAAUCUUUGCUUCUAUCGGCGUUCUAGUUACCUCCAUUUAUCAAGUGUGGGUAGGGGCAAAGCAGCAUGAGCUGCAGGUAAACUCUAUGCAGCUGCUCUACUACCAAGCACCAAUGUCUUGUGGCAUAUUGGUGUGUGUUGUGCCCUUCUUUGAACCAGUAUUUGGGGAAGGUGGAAUUUUUGGUCCCUGGACACUUUCUGCUGUGCUUAUGGUGCUGCUGUCUGGAGUAAUUGCCUUUAUGGUGAACUUAACCAUUUACUGGAUCAUUGGGAAUACUUCUCCAGUCACCUACAAUAUGUUUGGACACUUCAAAUUCUGCAUUACUCUCAUGGGAGGAUAUCUCUUAUUUAAGGACCCUUUGUCAAUUAAUCAAGGCCUUGGGAUUACAUGCACAUUGUUUGGCAUUUUAGCUUACACCCAUUUCAAGCUGAGUGAACAAGAUGGGAGCAAGAGCAAGAGCAAGCUGGUUCAGCGCCCAUAAAUCAUGUACUGAUGUGGAUGAUGAAUGGAUUCUUUUAUUACGCACUGACUGUAAAACAAGCAAAGAAGUUAGAUUAAGAAGUAGAUCCAUCCGGUUGAUAAUAAGGUACUGCAAAAUUUGUUCUCUCUAGAAGGAAUCGGGCACUACGUAAUACUCGGCUCUUGCAGUCUUUGUGUUGUUUUCUACUAUAUAUGAAUGACUUCUUCGGUUCAAGGACUGGUCACUAUUACAGUGGCAAUUUCUAAGGGAACUCUUCUAUUUAUACCAAAUGAACUCAUCAAGGCAGAUGUGACGUUAAUUGCCAAAGGAUUUCAUUCUUCUAAUCAUAUCAGUGUUAUUGUUGUCCGACUGUGUGCUGAUAUUAUGAAAUUCAAAUGAACAUUGUAGCUUCUCAAUAUGAUCAGUUAUAGAAAGUCAUGUUUUUCUGGUUUAUCGAAAACGACUUCAGUGGGUUUGUGUGUAACAUACCUAGGCAUAUUUGUGUUCCCCCUAUUCUUGAGGGUACAAUAUGUAUUAAUUUGAGAGAAAUUAAGUUUCUUUAUUCAUGAUUCAGCAAUACUCUGAUAUUCCUUCACUAUCAGAGCUUUGCAUCUUUGUCAGAUUUCUAGCUUUACCGAAUAUUUUGUCAUUCAGUGCAGGGCUGGCUCCUGUGACUUGAAAUGUUUUUCUUUCUGCCCUGCUUCAGGGCUAAAUAAAUGGCUUAUUUAAGAUAGUGGGUUCCUUAGAGGAUCGAAAGGAUCUGUGCCGGCCCCUUACAAUUGAACAGCACAGGCUUGAACAAGACUCGAAUGUUUUAGGAAAACAUAUUAUGCCUUAACUGAAAUUUUAAGAUGUGAAAUAGAUUUUAAAAAAUGAAAACAUGGUAGACUGUUUUUCCAAGAAGGGAAAAAUGUGAAACUUUAUGCGUGUGGGAGUAAAAAACUAACAGUGGGUAUCUGCUUUCUAAUUUCUUUUUAAGAUACUUGAUUCAUAACGAUUACUAUUAGAAACCUAACGAACUAUGGAAAUUAGCUUGAUUGCAUGAAGCCUUACUAUAGUCCUGGAGUGGAUUACAAAACCUGGAAUAAACUGGACAAAUGGAUUCUACCAUGAAUCCAUUUUAAAUAUAUACUGUUACAGCCAUUCAAUGGAUCCAGACCUGCAAUUUAAAAACUAGUUGGGUUGUUGUGAGUUUUUUUGGGCUGUAAGGCCAUGUUCCAGAAGCAUUCUCUCCAGGACAGAAUGCUUCUGGAACAUCGCCAAACAGCCUGAAAAACUCACAACAACCCAGUGAUUCCGGCCAUGAAAGCCUUUGACAAUACAUUAAAAAUAGUCAUCCGAUGAACUAUAUAACAUCUAAUCAACAAUUAAUUUUUAGCAACAACUAUUUUGUUAAUAUAUUUAAAACAAAUACAACACACAUUUUCCUUACUCAGCUGUUUUUGCAGCCUCACUAAUAUUGUCACUAAAUUGCACUAUAACGGUAGCAAGAAAAACGACACAGAUUUUCAAUUACUGGAUAAUUAUAACUUCAGAAAGAUCUGAAAAGCAUGAUUUACCUCUGAAACAAGUUGUAAUAAUUACCUUGCACUUUGUUCUGCUCGAUAAUUUUUUUUUUCUGAAAGGAAAAGUGUAGUAGCUACUGUUUGGGAGGGUGUGAUGUGAAAUUGACUCAUGGAUCUAUAUCAGGCAUGGCCAAACUUUGGUCCUCCAGGUAUUUUGGAUUUAGCUCCCACCAUUCUUAACAGCCUACCAGUAGGCCGUUAGGAAUGGUGGGAGUUGAAGUCCAAACACCUGGAGGAACAAAGUUUGCCCAUGCCUGAUCUAUAUUCUCCUGACAACUAGCAGUUGAAUACCUAGGGAAAACCUAGGAAAUAAUAAAGAACUGUGUUCUUUUGCUGUAUUAUAUAUUCAUGCUUGACAGAAGCUCUCAAAGCUUCAAAUAUAAAACUGAAAUAUAAAAUAUAAAGAGACCUACAACCCUUGUCACAUUGGCAGCUGACUACCAGCACAAGAAGACAUUUUUCACAAUUUUCAUGGCCCUAGAUCAGGCACGGGCAAACUUGGGCCCUCCAGAUGUUUUGGACUUCAACUCCUACAAUUCCUAACAGCCAUAGGUUGUUAGGAAUUGUAGGAGUUGAAGUCCAAAACACCUGGAGGGCCAAAGUUUGCUCAUGUCUGCCCUAGCUGGUUUCUCAACCAGGCUGAGGAAAAAUUACCUCCCAAUUAUAUUGAUCUAAGUAGAUUGUACCCCAUAUAAUUAUGGUCAUUGUACUUUCAGAGAGCAAUUAGCUUUGGAAGGUGUGUAACUUUUGCCUUAGAAGCUGAGCUAUUCAUUUGAGAAUCAAACUGGGACAAUGGCACUUAGAGGCUAUUUGUUUUUGAAAAACAGAACGUAAUGUACUGUCUAUAUUCUGCUGUACUUUGGUCCCUAUGGUUUGAGGGAAGUGUGCUCCGAGUAUGAACAAAUAACUAAAUCCUGCACCUUCUGUAAAACUGAUUGGAUUCUUCUUUCUUCCAACAAGGUGUUUCUUAAGAACUAUGAUCCAACUUUCCCAUUCCAAAUGCUUUCAGGGAUUUGAACUGUACAGUAUAGGGGGAAAAGCUCAGAAAGGUAUUUUCUACAAUACAGUAGACAUUCAGUUUGCUUAUUAUUCGUCUGUAUUGUGUCCAAAGCCAAAUCUCUUCAUUAACAUACUUGUAUACAUUUCAAGUGGAUUUUUAUCAGUAUUAUGGUAUUUUGAGCAUUUCCUCAUAUUCACUACUUUGUUUCAAAAACCAGAAUUGUUUAAAUACAUUUCAGAUAUCUCUGAGUAGACUGAAACAACCCUUGUGCAAAUAUGUUCAAAGCAGAUGCAGAUUGCUGCAGUGUGCAUUGAAAAAACAAAAUGGACAUCUUUUGUCUAUGCACAAACCUUUUGAAAUAUAAAUACAACAUGAAGAUCUUUUUAAUUAAUAACAAGAUUAAUUCAGAUUCUUGCACAAAGACACAAAUCUCUAGUUAUUUUACAUAAAACAGCUAUAGCUUUUCUGCUUAUCAGCCCUGUGUUUGUAAAGGUAACAGAGACGAAUACACUACUGUUUGUUUCUUCAGAUUACACUCAGCAUAUUCCUUUUUCCCUUCUGAAAUGUUUCCAGAUACAAGUGAGAACAGUGAAAUCUCUUCAUCAUACCCAGCUGUGUCAGUUUGCGAUUGUAAGCUGUUAUUGUAAAUAUACUGUAUAGUAACGAUGUAUAGAAUACGAAUAGAAUGCUGUAAGUUACAGUCUGCACUGGUUGAAGUUGUGAAUUAAAUACACAAACUUAAUUUAAGAAUUUGCUCCCCAGAUAUAAGGAUCGUUUAAUAAGCAGAAUCAAUGAAGGUGGGGUUUUUUAAUUAAAAAAUCAGAAAUAUUGUUUUUACUUAUGAAUAAAAUCAUUCUU